AUGGUGUACAUGCACGCUAACAGAAGUACAGAGUAUGUGUCUUGGUGCUCCCCUUCGUGGUCUCCCCCUUCGCUUGGUUCACGAGACACUUCCUGUUCUAAGAAAGCAGAAGAUGACGUAUGCUCCGAUGCCGGCACUUCUGUGAAGAUGACAGCAGGAGUGCAGAAUUCGUCCAACGAGAAGCACAGUGGAGAAGCACUGGACGAAGCUGCGGACAUGUGUAAAAGGUCUGAACUUUCCUCUUCGCCUUUUAGACGCCAUCGGGGCGUGCAGUCUUCAGGAGCCGCGCAGUCAAAAAGCCCUUCAAGUUUUCUUACCAAGAUUGGUGAACAAGUGUGCCCAGACAGUCGCUCUUUCUCCCACUCUCCGGCGCACGCUCCUUUGAAAACUCAAGAUACUUCUCCUUACCAUGCAGGGAUCACUUCGCGGGGAAAGGAAGAGGGUAUUUCGGAGAAAGAUCCACUGCCUCAGCUCCCGACUUCUUUCACCUACAGGGGUCGUCAGGCCACAAUCCCCUACGCUGAGGUUCAGGCACCGCUACGCGAAAAGGCACCUAGGAACUACAAGGCGGCUCGCCUAGAGCGGCUAGCCGCACAUCUCAUUGGUAAUCUUUCGAGCAAGAAGCGUAAAAACCGACUGAGAGUCACGCUGCUGUCUGCGGUGGCCAUCCUUCUCUUUGCAGUCGUUCUCCCUCCUCUUUUUCGAGAGGCUUGCUCGCGUGGAGUCUACGUACGUCCUUCAGAAGGAGGGCUGCUGCAGAAAUGCAAAGAGUUUGGUUUUCUUUCGAAAGUGGGCGCCGCUAUAGAGAUUUUGAUAUCCGAGUUAGGGGGCCGCCUCGUCUUUUUUCUUCUGGAGCCCGUAGGAGAGAUAUCCAAAUUAGGUUUGUGGGCAGCUUCGUUGUGUAGCGUGGGGCUGCCGCACACUGGAAGGUGGGUGCCAGAAUGGUUGUCUUCGUCGCCAGAGAAAAAUCACUGGACAAUGCCAGCGCUGCCCACCGCUAAAGAAUUACGACAAGAGUUUCCGCAGUAUGGUCUUGGGCGUGUCCCCGCAACUGAAGCGCUGCGGAAACACUCAGAAGAAUUCAAGAAAGAGAUUAUACAAGUAACUGAGGGUGUACACGUAGCGGUCGGAUUUGGACUGGCUAAUUGCGUCAUCAUCAAUGCUCCGGAGGGUAUCAUAUUGGUAGACACAAUGGAAAGCACCGCGGCUAUGGAAGCUGUUUGGCGGGCAUGGCUGGAUUUUCCGUUUCGGCAGCGUCCGCCUCCUUUGAAAGCUAUUAUAUACACGCAUUUUCACACAGAUCACGUAUUCGGAGCAGCGGCCGUUGUCCAGCCUGACACGGAGGUCCACGCGCACUGGCUUACACACGCUGAAAUGAGUAAAGUAUUCACACUUACCGCAGGUAUCACCUAUAGGCGAUCAAUGCGGCAGUUCGGAGUGUUCGUGAAGAAGUACGACUUUGUGAAUGCUGGCAUUGGCCCGGCCCUUCGCUACAAUAGUGGAGAAGAAAUAGGCACUGUUUUGCCUACACACAUCAUGUACGAUGAACGAAAGAAGCUCGACUUGGCAGGCAUGCAACUGGAGUUAAUUCACGCGCCAGGCGAAAGCAAAGACCAGCUGUUGGUUUGGCUGCCUGAAAAGAAAGUGCUUAUCGGGGCAGACAACGUAUACAAAUCGAUGCCCAACAUUUACGCUAUUCGAGGCACAGAGACACGGGACUGCAGCUACUGGGUUGCCUCUCUCGAUAUGAUGCGCUCUCUAAAGCCGGAGUUCCUCGUUCUCGGCCACACGCGCCCAUUGACGGGCCGGGAAUACAUAGCGUCGACACUGCUUGCGUACAGAGACGCUAUUCAGUUCAUACACGACCAAACCUUACGGUAUAUGAACAAAGGAUACUACGCCAAUGACAUCGCACAUAUGGUGAAGUUGCCUCCACACCUGGAGUCCCACCCCUUCUUACAGCCUUUCUACGGCACCGUGCCCUGGGCAGUCAAAGCAAUCUUCACGCACUACAUGGGUUGGUUCAGCGGCAAUCCCGAAGAUCUAGCUGUCGCAAGUACCCAGGAAAAAGCGGAAACUUUUCUCAGUCUUGCUGGAAACGUGCAAAACCUUCUUGCACAUGCUUUGAAGAACCUGCGAGAGGGUCACGUGCAGAGGGCUUUAGAAUUUGCUAGCGCUGCUCAUCACGUCGCACCCGCUUCAACGGAGGCAAAAACUUUAAAAAUACUUGCGCUCAGGGCAGCAGCAGCGAAACAGCAGGCCGCUACCGGUCGUAACUGGUUUCUCACAGCCGCCCUGGAGUCAGAAGGGCAUGCAGAACUGCGCCUAAGCGACUCGCAAAAACGGCAAACUCUAUCAAAGCUUACGAUGCAACAAGUGUUCGAGCUGCUCCCCGUACGCCUUGUCCCGGAGCGGGCACAUAAUUUAGAAUGUGUUUUAGAAUUUCAUUUUACAGACGUAGACGAGCACGCAUGCGUCCAUUACCGUAGAGGCAUCGCUUAUCAGAAGUGGCCGUGCGAAAAAACCGCCGACGUCGUCGCGACAACUACCAGAGAGGUGUGGCUUGGCAUUCUCAACAAAGACAGGAGCCCUGCUUUAGCUGUCGCUACUGGAGAUCUCCGUGUGAGUGGCUCUCUGCGGACACUUGCCCGCGCUCUUCUGUGCGUUGAACUAGAAGCUAACUGA